AAAAUCAUUUCGCCCAAAAACAGGUCGAAUAUUCUUCCAUCAUUCCCUGGCGACCUCUACCAACAGUCGCGGGACGAAACAGAAAAAAGAAAAUAUAUAUCACCCGUCACGCCUCCUCCAACCCCCACCUCCUCCACCUCCUCCUCCUCUUUGGACUCGCACACCCCAUCUCUCUUCCCCUCCAAAUCCUAACCCUAACCCUAACCCUAGCUCCCCCAACAAUGGCAUCGCCCCCCACCUUCUCCGACUUCCCCGAGGACGUCCAGCUCAACAUCCUCUCCUUCCUCUCCCCCCUCGAAGUCUCCGCCUUCGCCUGCACCUCCCGCCGCUUCUCCUCCCUCUGCGGCGGCGCCUCCUCCGGCACCCUCUGGCUCGCCAUGUGCCACCGCCGCUGGUCCCCCUCCUCCUCCCCCCGCCUACUCUACCGAACCCUAGAUCGCUGGGAGAACCUCAUCGGCUUCUGGCGCCGCGUCGGCGCCUCCGCAGCCGCCCCGGCGCUCGUCUUCUUCGAGUGGGGCGCCUCCUCCAUCGCCGCCUCCGCCGUGUCCCCCUCGCCGGGCCCCGGGAGCUACGGCGUCCUCAAGGUCCCCUUCCUCUGGAUGGGCCUCUCCCCACGCGGGGACCCCUUGUGCUUCCUCCUCCGCCCCGCCGGUUCCCGAUCCGAAUCGCCCUCCGAGCCCUCGGACCCUGAUCCGAUCCCCGUGACCGUGAGCUUCAUGGGACGCAACCACUUCGUGGUGGAGGAGGACCGGAGCUUCGACGCGGAUGCGCAGGAGGAGGAUUCUGUCGAGAGCACGUCGCCGCCGGAUCGCGUGAUGUCGGAGAUCUACGAGUACUUUGCGAAUCGGACGAGCCCUAAUGGUGAUAAGUCCUUCAGGAGGCAGAGGAAGAGGGAAAGAGAGCGGCUUGGGAGGCGGGGGAGAGGAUUCGACACCCAGCAUUUCGUGAAGAUCUCAAACUAUUAUCCUACUCUUUCGCGGCCGCUUCAGGGAUUGUGGAAGGGAAUUUGUGAGGACAUGGUCUUGGAUUUUUUCCUUGUCGCAUACGACGAUGUUGGUGGGAUGUCUUGUAGACGGGUGGGAGAGAUGGGUUCGCAAUUUUCCGGCUAUUCCUCUGUUUUCUGGACUUCAAACACUGCAUUUAUUGAAUCCCCAUUUCCUCAAGAAGAACAGGAUAUCUACAUUAGCCGUAGGCACAUCCGCAGUGUGGCUUCAAGUCAACGCAACGUUGAACGUGAGGUAGUCUCGAGAAUUCUGUGUAUCAAUUCUAGUUAUGAUCUGGUGAUUCCGGAUCUUUCAGGAGACUCUGGCAAUUUUAGAAAUGUUGAGGGUAGGAUUUGGGAGUAUGAGGAUAAGACCUUUGGGUUUGGUUUCCUUCGGAACAACUUUAUUAUUGACUUGAAGCCUAUUGCUAUGGAUGGGCGCAUUCUUGAUACUGUAGAUAAAUUCUGCGAUCGUUGUACGCUGUAAAUAUUACUUGAAUAAGCUCUAUGUACAUUAUUAUCAUGCAAUAGAUUAAAGAUACCAUUUCUCUUGGUAAUGUAAGUAGUAAAUCGUUCGUAUAUGAUUAUUUGCUUUAACUUGUCA